CUCCUCUCGCUGGCGUCAGAAAUAGAAAGGAGCCGAGCGGGGUUGGCAGAGGCGCACCGUAGUGGUUGGCUCGCUUUUGGCUAGCAGGAGCGCGGCGGGAAGGCGGCGAAAGAAGCAGCCGUCCGGCCAGGCAGAUCGGCCAGCCGCCCGCUUGCUUUGCUUGCCCGUCCCUUUCAGGAGCGCCCAAUCGCGUUAAGGUGCAGCAGCAGCGGAAGGAGAGCCCGGCCAGGACGCCCUUUUCAGGCUUCGGCUCGGAAGACCGCGAUGGCGCUGGAUUUCCUUGCAGGCUGCGUCGGAGGUGCCGCGGGUGUGAUGGUGGGACAUCCAUUCGACACUGUUAAGGUGCGUCUCCAAGUUCAAAAUAUCAAGGAACCUCUUUACCGUGGGACCUUUCAUUGCUUUCAGUCUAUCAUAAAGCAAGAAUCGGCGCUUGGACUUUAUAAAGGGAUUGGGUCACCUAUGAUGGGACUUACCUUCAUUAACGCCCUUGUGUUUGGCGUUCAAGGAAAUACAAUCCGUGCUCUGGGAAACGAUACACCAUUAAAUCAGUUCCUUGCAGGGUCAGCCGCGGGCGCCAUUCAGUGCGUGAUCUGCUGCCCCAUGGAGUUGGCAAAGACCCGCAUGCAACUGCAAGGAACCGGCGAAUACCGGCUGAAGUCUAAGAACUACAAGAAUUCCCUGGACUGUCUGGUGAAGAUCUACCGAAAGGAAGGCUUGAAGGGCAUCAACAGGGGCAUGGUUUCCACAUUCCUGAGGGAGACACCCAGUUUUGGGUUUUACUUCCUGACCUAUGACUACCUUACCAGGUAUCUUGGUUGUGAGGCAGAGGACAGAUACAUUAUACCCAAGUUACUGUUGGCAGGAGGCAUGUCUGGAAUUGUCUCCUGGCUGUCAACGUACCCCGUGGAUGUGAUAAAGUCUCGCCUUCAGGCCGAUGGCGUCGGUGGGGUGGUGCAGUACAAGGGCAUUCUGGACUGUGUUCGAAAAAGCUACCACAGUGAAGGUUGGAGAGUAUUCACCAGGGGACUCACGUCCACGCUUCUUCGUGCCUUCCCUGUUAACGCCGCCACGUUUGCUACGGUUACAGUGUUCCUUAUGUAUAUGAGGUCAGAAGACAGACAGCUUAGAGGAGAUCUAAGUGGAUGUGAGGCGGGCCCGGCGAUCCAGCAGCCUUCUAGCUUUUAGGUUCUUGAACCAAUGGCUGGUGCACCUGUUUGGUAUCUUAGAGAUUUUUUUAAAAUAUUCAAUAUAGAAACUGUAAAUUUCCAUCUGUACAAAGCGUUCUUUUAACGUUAUUUAGGAUUUCACCUCCUUUAUACAAGGGGCUUAUUGUCUUACGAUAUCCGUUACAGAAAUACAGGCAAUAAAAGGACUUUAAAAAAAAAGAAUUGCCC